CAGAGCAUCCGAGUAGGGGAAUUACUAUGCCCCCUACCCUCCCCCUCGUUGUAACAUCCUUAAGUGUUUUCCUUCUCAGUUCGUUUUGUUCCACCGCUGCAAACCACGACACGUCCCCGGACUGGAGAGCUUGUUUGGAUAUGGGAAGGACUAUUCAACUUGCCCCCUAUGAAUUUAUAAAAAGUUGCUUUGCUGUUUCGAUUCGCCUAUUUGGAAGCCAUUUAUGCAGAUAAGAGAGAAUGGGUUGCUGUUCAGGACGAUGUAUGCUGAUCUUCCUCUGCACUCUCCAAGUGAUGACAGCAUUGGAGAGGCAGGCUUUUGACUUCCUUGGGUACCAGUGGGCUCCCAUCAUGGUCAACUUCCUGCAAAUAAUCAUGGUUAUCCUCGGCCUCUUUGGAACCAUCCAGUACAGGCCACGCUACGUUGUUCUAUACCUGCUGUGGACAUUACUGUGGGUGGCCUGGAAUGUCUUUGUGUGCUGUUUCUAUUUGGACCUGGGAGGCCUUUCCAAGGAGAGCGACCUGCUAUCCCUGGGUGUAUCCUCACACCUUUCAUGGUGGAAAGACAACGGGCCAGGCUGUGACGACAGGGACCUUCCUGCCACUAGGUGGCAGAGUCUGGAGAGCCCAGAACUCAUCUAUGCUCUGGGAUGCUGGCUAGAAUACCAAUACAUAGAGGUCCUACAUUGUAUCAUACAACUCCUAAUCUCUCUCUUGGGAUUCGUCUAUGCCUGCUAUAUGGUCAGCACCUUCACUGAGGAGGAGGACAGCUUUAAUUUCAUUGGUGGUGUCCAUUACCCAUCUAAAACAUCGCCGCUGUAUUUAUAGUGUACAAUUGGGCUACUAUAAGUAAAGGCUUGCAAGUGGGUUGAAAAUGACUGACAAGCAAGGAGGGCAGAAGAGGAACGAGUGAGUGAAAUACCUACUUUGGAAGAGUGAAAUCACAUCUCCAGUCACUGAAACAGAAGACAUUCCCACACUGCACAAAAACAUAAUUCCUCAGCCUCCCGGGCACUCUUAAUGCAUACUAGCCUACACCAACAGUUCAGUGCAGUUAUGGUCAAUACUAGCCUGGUCCCAGGUCAGUUUGUGCUUUUGCCUACUCCAUUUUCAUUGUCAAGCUGUUUGGCAUGACAAUUCCAUAAGUAGUUGGCAACAGAGGAGAAACAACAGAGUGGCACCCAGCGGGCUAUACAGCAGGUCAGUACAGGUACAAUCAGAAAACUACUGAUACUUCUGACAUAACAUGUAUCAGUGUACAGGGAAUGGUAUGUGUUGUAUUUUUGGUAUUUGGAAUUUUAUUAGGAUCCUCAUUAGCUGUUGCAAAAGCAGCAGCUACUCUUCCUGGGGUCCACACAAAACAUGAAACAUAAUACAGAAUGACAUAAUACAGAACAUCAAUAGACAAGAAGAGCUCAAAGACAGAACUACAUAAAAAAAUUAAAAAAUGCACACGUAACCUACAUGUCAAUGCAUACACACCAACUAUCUAGGUCAAAUAGGGGAGAGGCGUUGCGCCAAGAGGUGUUGCUUUAUCUGUUUUUUUGAAACCAGGUUUGCUGUUUAUUUUAGCAAUAUGAGUGGUAGCCUGAUGGUUCGUAAUCACCAGGGAUGGGUCAUAAUUUGGUUGAUCAGGCUGUGUUACCACAUCACUGGAUGAAAACAAAUAACUAUUAUGAUGUAUUUUACUGUGUCACAGUCAUAGAACUGCCGUUUGACAAAAGUGCUGACAAAUCAUCACCAUGAUUCCAACCUGGCCUAUUGACUUGCGCUGUCCUUCAGCUCCACCCAAACACGUGCACAAUGGCGUGCGCUGGUUUUCUGUGCCCGUGUUUUCCUGUUUGGUUAUAGACUUCAAGUUGUUGGACUUGUCUUUUUAGUACUUCCAUGGUCCACAAUAUAGGAACCAGUUAUUUUAGGUCCUGUGGGCCUAUGCAAUGUUUGUGUAUGACCCCAGGUGAGGGUUGCCUGAAAGUGAACAAUUUGGGUGGAUAGAAUGAACAAAUAUUUGUUUUUGAGAAAAUAUCAAUGAGCCCCAAAAAUGUAUUGAUCCUGUGCACAUAUAGGCUACUAAACAUUUAUGCAUUGUCCCUUCCACCAGCACCAAAAACUACUGGCGUGUUACACUAGUGCAGUGUCGUGCGUCCUUAGCGCCACACCUAGCAGAGCAUCAGAGUAGGGGAAUUACUAUGCCCUAAUCAGGCAAUGGAGUAGGCAAAAGCACAGCUGAAGGAAGUUCCAUGCAAUUAGGAGUCUGUAUAAUACUGUACACUUUCUUGAAUUUGUUCUGGAUUUGGGGACUGUGAAAAGACCCCUGGUGGCAUGUCUAGUGGGAUAAGUGUGUGUGUCAGAGCUAUGUGUAACAAUUUGGGAUUUUCAACACAUUGUUUCUUAUAAAAAGAAGAAGUUAUGCAGUCAGUCUCUCCUCAACUCGUAGCCAAGAGAGACUGGCAUACAUAGUAAACUCAGCUAAAAAAGAAACGUCCUCUCACUGUCAACUGCGUUUAUUUUCUGCAAACUUAACAUGUGUAAAUAUUUGUAUGAACAUAACAAGAUUCAACAACUGAGACAUAAACUUAACAAGUUCCACAGACAUGUGACUAACAUAAAUGGAAUAAUGUGUCCCUGAACAAAUGAGGGGUCAAAAUCAAAAGUAACAGACCGUAUCUGGUGUGGCCACCAGCUGCAUUAAGUAUUGCAGUGCAUCUCCUCCUCGUGGACUGCACCCAAUUUGCCAGUUCUUUCUGUGAGAUGUUACCCCACUCUUCCACCAAGGCACCUGCAGUUCCUGGACAUUUCUGGGGGGAAUGGUCCUAGCCCUUACCCUCCGAUCCAACAGGUCCCAGACUUGCUCACUGGGAUUGCGAUCAGGGCUCUUUGCUGGCCAUGGCAGAACACUGACAUUCCUGUCUUGCAGGAAAUCACACACAGAACGAGCAGUAUAGCUGGGGGCAUUGUCAUGCUGGAGGGUCAUGUCAUGAUGAGCCUGCAGGAAAGGUACCACAUGAGGGAGGAGGAUGUCUUCCCUGUAACACUCAGCGUUGAAAUUGCCUGCAAUGACAACAAGCUCAGUCCGAUGAUGCUGUGACACACCACCCCAGACCAUGGCGGACCCUCCACCUCCAAAUCGAUCCCGCUGCAGAGUACAGGCCUCGGUGUAACGCUCAUUCCUUCGACGAUAAACGCAAAUCCGACCAUCACCCCUGUUGAGACAAAACCGUGACUCGUCAGUGAAGAGCACUUUUUGCCAGUCCUGUCUGGUCCAGGAUGGUGGGUUUGUGCCCUAUUGUAAGGACCUGCCUUACAAUAGGCCUACAAGCCCUCAGUCCAGCCUCUCUCAGCCUAUUGCGGACAGUCUGACCACUGAUGGAGCGAUUGUGCGUUCCGCAUCUUUCUUUUGGUGUUUUUCAGAGUCAGUACAGAGUCAUCUUUAGGGUCCUAAGUUUUCAUAACUGGGACCUUAUUUGCCUACCGUCUGUAAGCUGUUAGUGAUUUAACGACCGUUCCACAGGUGCAUGUUCAUUAAUUGUUCAUUGUUCAUUGAACAAGCAUGGGAAACAGUGUUUAAUCCCUUUACAAUGAAGAUCUGUGAAGUUAUUUGGAUUUAUUUGGAAUUAUCUUUGAAAGACAGGGUCCUGAAAAAGGGACGUUUCUUUUUUUGCUGAGUUUAUUUAUAUUAGCCCUCUGAUUACAAUUAAGAGCAAAAUGUGCUGCUCUGUUUUGAGCCAGCUGCAGGUUAACUAUGUCUUUCCUUGCAGCACUGGACCACACGACUGAACAAUAAUCAAGAUUAGACAAAACUAGAGCCUGCAGAACUUGCUUUUUGGAGUCUGGUGUCAGAAAAGCAGAGCAUCUCUUUAUUAUGGCCAGACCUCUCCCCAUCUUUACAACCAUUCAAUCUAUAUGUUUGAUGACAUACAGUAGUGUCACUCUGUAAAAAUAUGCAUUUACACAUACUGUUGAAAAUGGACCAAACCCUAUAAUUGUGUGUUCUACAUUAAUGUUAAUGGAAAAUUUGCAUGAAAAUUUGAGUCAUGUGCAAAUUAUCAAAGUUAUGUAUACAGAUUUAUAGUUAGGAUUUGGACCUAUGUGAAGGUAUGAGUGUGCCUGUGUGUGUGCGUGUGUGUGCAGUUCAUACAUUAAAUUCCAGAUAGCAGAGGAAAAUAAAGACAUUUUAUUAACAAUCUUCAAUAUUGUGAUAGAAAUGAGCUAAAGUCAGUGGUUGUCAUGUAAAAAAACAUCUUCAAAUUUUUUAGGCCUACCUCUGAAUUUUGUUUGAAUUUGCGUGCCACUGAUGGAAAAAAAGACCCUGGCUGUAUCUUUAAGUGAAUUUUGUUUGAAUAAACUGUGCUUUUCUGU